GCAGCAGCUUUCCCAUGGUAACCGGCCCUCAAUAUCUAUUUAAAGGCAAGAUGCACUAUUGGUAGACGAAGAAGAGCAUUUUUUUGUUCUUUUUUUAUUUCUCCUCAUGUUCUUUGUUUGUGCUAGUUAAAAAAGACUAACUUUCUCUAGCUGACCACCAUUCAAGCUGAGCAUACCAUUUUUUUAUGGACUAGAGCAAGAGGAAAAACAGAUAAGAUUGGUCUUAAAAUAUUAUUUAUCUUUCACACUUUGGUCGUGGAAGAUCUUUUGGUCUUGUGGAUGAAAUCCAGAACCAUAAUCUUUUCUAGAUUCUCAUGGACUCCGCAAUAAUCUAUAAAUGGAUUGGGCAAUUUUUUUUUCUUUUUAGCAGAUUCAAACCGAUCCACUCUAAAAUCACUUACAAAUAUUUCUAAAUAUAGGUUCAGUUAGACUUACAAUCUUAUAAUUUUAUUACUCAUAAGUUUUAUAAAAUUCCAGCCUAAUCAUUCUAGCGCUAAAGGCCAAAACCUCUCCCGCCUCUGGUCAAUAGUUGUGAGGAGACUCAAAACAGUGCCGUGCCGCGGCGAAGUCCCCCUCCCUUCUUCUCCCCACGCAACAAUUGCCCGCUCCCCCCGCCUUCUGUCUCUCCCUUCACCUCUCCUCUUCUUCUAGUCCCAUGGAUUUGGAGCUCCAGAACGGCGCGGCUCUCGAGGUCGCUGUCAACGACCGCCACAAUGGAUUCAGCCACGGGGAGGAGAGUGAUAAACGUAGCACAUGGAGGGACAUAGUUCUUGCUUACAAGACGCUUGGAGUUGUCUUUGGUGGCCUGGUUACUUCUCCUCUCUAUGUUUACCCAUCCAUGAACUUGAAUUCUCCGACCGAAGAGGACUACUUGGGAAUUUACAGCAUCAUAUUUUGGACUCUUACUCUAAUUGGGGUUGUUAAGUAUGUUUGCAUUGCUCUAAAUGCUGAUGACCAAGGUGAAGGAGGUACUUUCGCUCUAUAUUCUUUGCUCUGUAGGCACACCAAUAUUGGCAUCCUUCCAUCAAAAAGAGCAAAUUCAAUGGCUGGUCCUUUACAUCCUAACCAGUCAAUGAGUGAUGAAAAGCAAAGUAGGCUGGGAAAGUUUCUUGAGCAAAGCAUCACAGCACGAAGGAUAGUGCUAUUCAUUGCAAUGCUAGGGAUGUGCAUGCUCAUUGGAGAUGGCAUACUUACACCUGCUAUAUCAGUGUUAUCAGCAAUGGAUGGACUAAGAGGACCUUUCCCUUCUGUUCACAAAUCUGCUGUGGAAGCCAUGUCUGCUGUGGUCUUGAUUGUUUUAUUCCUAUUGCAAAGGUUUGGCACUUCUCGAGUUAGCUUCCUCUUUUCCCCUAUCAUGGGUGCUUGGACUUUCACCACUCCAAUUAUAGGCAUAUACAGCUUCUUGCGAUACUACCCUGGCAUAUUUAAAACCUUAUCACCACAUUAUAUAGUCUCUUUCUUUCUGAGGAAAGGUAAGGCAGGCUGGCAACUGCUUGGAGGCACUGUUCUAUGCAUUACAGGUGCAGAAGCUAUGUUUGCUGAUCUCGGUCAUUUCAACAAAAGGUCUAUUCAGAUAACCUUCCUUUUUAGCAUAUACCCUUCAUUGGUCCUCACGUAUGCUGGACAAACAGCGUAUCUCAUCAAACAUCUUGAUGAUCACAGCGAUGGGUUUUACAAGUUUGUGCCAGGUCGAGUCUAUUGGCCCAUGUUUAUCAUUGCAACACUAGCAGCAAUUGUUGCUAGCCAAUCCUUAAUAUCUGCAACAUUUUCUGUUAUUAAGCAGUCAGUUGUCCUUGAUUAUUUUCCACGUGUUAAAGUGGUUCACACUUCGCAACACAAAGAAGGCGAAGUUUACUCUCCAGAAACAAAUUACGUUCUCAUGGUUCUGUGUGUUGCUGUCAUACUUGGUUUUGGUGAUGGAAACAACAUUGGAAAUGCCUUCGGUGUUGUAGUUAUACUUGUCAUGCUCAUAACUACAAUUCUGUUGACUCUUGUCAUGAUCAUUAUUUGGCGAACACCACUUAUUCUUGCUGGCUUGUACUUUGUACCCUUUUCCAUUCUAGAAGGGGCAUAUGUGAGUGCUGUUUUCACUAAGCUUGUGGAAGGAGGAUGGUUUCCUUUUGCCGUUUCCAUUAUCCUUGCAUCUAUAAUGUUUGGGUGGUAUUAUGGGAGGCAAAGAAAACUAGAGUAUGAAAUGACCAACAAAAUAACUCUGGAAUGCCUCGGCGAGCUUUUGGAAAGGUCAGAUAUCCAAAGAGUUCCAGGUUUAUGCUUCUUUUACAGCAACAUACAGGAUGGAUUAACUCCAAUACUUGGACACUACAUGCAGAACAUGCGCUCUCUCCAUAAAGUUACAAUUUUUACCACUCUCAGGUAUCUGUUAGUGGCCAAAGUUCCUCCACAAGAGAGAAUCAUCAUCAGGAGAUUUGGGCUUGAUGGGAUAUAUGGGUGCAUGGUUCAAUAUGGAUAUGCCGACUCCCUUAGUCCCGAGGAAGAUGACUUUGUGAGCCAAGUUACUAAUAGCCUGCGAGCACAUAUUGAGAUAAGCUCAGAUGGGCUGUCACCUGUUUCUAUUGAAGAGGAGAUUUCGCAACUGGAAGAAGCAAAAUCAGUUGGAGUGGUGCACGUUCGGGGUAAGACAAGAUUUUACAUUGGUAAUGAAACUAGCCGGUUUGACAGGAUAUUGCUUGGAUUCUAUGAAUUUCUGCACAGCAACUGUAGAUCUGCCCUUCCCACUCUGGCAAUACCCCUUCAACAGCGAAUGGAGAUUGGCAUGCUCUACAAGGCUUGAAUGGUUGUGCAAAUGUGAACAUUGUACGGGAUAUUAUCUAAGCCGGUUGUUUACUGCAACAACCUCCUCUCUCUUCCUUCUUCUGUUGUAAUUGCUGUUCGCUGAGCAUUGUUAUUUCAGUUGUAACAGUCGAGCUUAUCCUCUCUUUCCUACAGCUCAUAAGCUUAUCUCUUCCUCUAUUUAAUGUCUCUGUAAUCACUCUAUUGUUGAGAAUAAAGCAUCACCUUCUUCAUCUUCUGUAUGGUAUCAGAGCCUCCUUAGUUCCCACGAACAACAAGGAUCCUCUGAUAUUCUCUCAUGGCAGACUCCAGCUCCUCUAUUCAUCCUGUUUUGCAUACUCCUUCUGUAGCCAAUACCACCAUGCCUCGAGUGGUUGUGAAUGCAUUCUCACAGCUUCCUCUUAAGCUCACACCAACGAAUUUUCCAUCUUGGCAAGCUCAGUUCGUCUCUCUUCUCAUUGGCUAUGAUUUAAUGGGGUAUAUUGAUGGAACAGUCCGACGAUCUACUACCGUCUCCUUCUCUCAAGACGAUGCUUCAGCGGCUGUUCACUCCAUGCGAAACCUCUCAUGAAGCGUGGAUGACUUUAACUCGCUUAUAUGCCAAUAGAUCUCGCUCCUGAGUGAUGCAACUCAAAGAAUCCCUAUCUUUGGCUCGGUGAGAAACAACAUCUGUCACUGAAUUCCUAUAAACAGUUAAAGGGUUCACUGAUGAACUUGCUGUUAUUGACACUCCGUUAUCUUCAAAUGAUCUCACUGUUUACAUCCUAAAUGGACUGGGUCCUGAAUUUCGAGAUAUUGUGGCACCUAUCCGUGCCAGGGAGAAACCUUUCUCCUUCGAAGAACUUCAUGAUCUCUUGGUAUCUCAUGAGGCAUAUCUUCGACGACUGGACAGUGCUGUGGAUCCUCUGGUGGUUACAACGAAUGCCACAAACUGAAAUCCGGCUUACAACAGCGAAUGACUGAUCUUAUCACACCAUUGACAGAUGAUUUGGCAAUCUGACUGAACAAUGAUGCUUCACAUGACCUGUGCACCCGAGCAUUGAUCUAAACUGCAUACAGAUGUCAUAACCUUUUGGAUGUUUUAUCAUUUGUGAUGGUUUACAACCAAGUUGAAUUCAUACAUAUACUUACAUUACAAGUUUGGUUUGGAUGCUAUACCAGAUAGAAGUAUAUGGGUUGAAUUCAUAUAUUCAGUUACCUGCAAAAUAUGGACAUCUUGGUUUACAGUUGUCAGCGACUUCAAGAAGUAUAUACUGAGUUUUCUCCGAAGUUAGUUACAGGGAAGCUCGUACAGAGGCUUCUAGCUCCAUUCAUUCCUAACUAGCCAUUGUUGAGGAGACUAAAGCAAAUGUUUGUACCUCGCUGAUCAUGUAGGAGAGGUUUAGUUUCUUCUGUCUUGGUUCCUAGGUUCAGGUUAAUUUAAAUGGUUGGCUCUGAACCUUACAUAUCGAAACCUGGAAAUAAAGUAAAAUUUGAUUUC